AUGCCUGGCAGGAGACGAGAUUGUCUUCUGCCAGGAAAUGGCCCUGGAGGACCUCCUGGCAGGGCUGAGGAUGACGAGCAGGGCGGCGGGGAGCCACGCCGUCCUGUUCCUCUGCCUUGUCAGGGGGCAGGGUGUCCGCAGGGGGCAGGGGGCUGCCCAACACUCUUUUGCAAUGGCAAGAGAGUGGGCAGCCCGGAGUCCCCCCAGAAGGCCCAGGCCAAGCCUGUCCCAAAGGCGGGGCAGAAGGCCGGCCCCGAAGAGGUUGGGCAGGUGGGGCCCAACCCGGGGCAGGAGGCCGGCCCCGCCGAGGCUGACCAGGUGGGGGUCAGCCCGGGACAGGAGGCCGGCCCCGCCGAGGCUGACCAGGUGGGGUCAGCCUGGGCAGGAGGCCGGCCCCGCCGAGGCUGA